CAGCGUACUCGAGAACGUUUAAUUCGCGGCUUUCGGCAUAGCUAGCGUGCGACAUACGAGGACAUCGUCAGAGGAAACACGCUGCACCUAUCCGCUACAUCGCCCGAGCCGAUUAGUAGGACGAAUGGAGCUGCACUCUGCACUUUGACAUGACAGAUCCCAAGAACUCGUACUCGUGCAGUGCCAGUGCCAUGAUGAGUCAAUGGCACAUGAGAUGGUAUUAGGAGGCUGCAGUGGAGUUCGUCUUGUCUUCAUUCCUUCUCUCGACCCACCAUCAUACAGCUAGAACCAAAAGAUCAGCAACACGUCUAGCUAUCUAAGAUGCAAGAAAACGAAGCCAACCCCUUUGCCAUCUCCGUCGCACCCACAGCUGUGACCUUUAAACCGGCCUCCCACCCCGCCGAACCCUUCGACCCCUCCAACGCGGACAAUUCCAAGGGCGACUCCUCAUCGCCGUCCGAGUCGGCCGCAGAGGCCCUCCUCCGCAACACCUGCCCGAACCCGUACAAGAAAUGCGUCGAGCUGCUGCAGUCUUCCAUCCCCAAGGAGGUCUCGUUCAGCAGUGCGAGCAUCAUCCCGCAGCGCAACGGGCUCGUGCGUGCUCUCCUCAAGGCGUACAACCGCCACCGCGCGCUCGUGCUCCGCCCGGACGACGUCUGGCUCGCGAUUCUCACGCAGUUUUCGUUCUUCGUGAACGCGCACGCCGAAGAGCUGCGCUCUUCCUUUGUGUCUCAUGAAGGCAAGAAGGAGCUGACUGUCACGGCGGUCGGGUCGCGCUACAGCGUCGACUUUGGAGCAUGGCGCGGCAGAUGGCGGGCGAGCUCGAGAAGAAUCACGGUGUAUGCGAUCGCGCUCAUAGCGACGACCAAGGCGUAUUUCGACUUCGCGUUCUGCCUCAUGUGCGGUAUUCCGCGUGUCACGCUCGACGGGACGCGCGACGACUGGGCGGCGAUUCUGGAGAGGAUCGGGAAGCUGAAGGAGUAUGGUGUGGAGACGACGGCGUGGUCCCACCUUCUGAAGCCCGUUGUAGAGCGCUUCGUGCACGCGUUCGACAAUCCGCAGGAGAGCGAGAACGUCGAUUUCUGGGGGAAAGUCACCGCGUUCUGCGUGUUCACCGCCGAGGGGAAGUGGCAGGGUCCGCGCCUGCAGAACCUGCCCUCGCCACCCUAUGACAAGAGCUAUGCCGAGCUCAGCGGCGAGGCAUUUGCGGCGAAACACUUCGUCCCGCACCCGGAGGGCGACCCCUUUAUCGGCGACCUGUACCUCACCCUCGAUGGCACGGUCGAGGUGGAUGUGAAGCUGAACGACAACGGGCAGGUGUUCCGCAUGCUGCUCGUCGCGGGCGGUGUGGGCAGCGCGGUGUCGUCGAGCGGGGACAAGGCACUAUCGGGGUCGGGAGAAAGGGAUACGGUGAGGCCGGUGCCUGUGUGGUGGAUGUUUGUGAAGAAUGAGAAGAGCGAGGAGGAGCUUGCGGGGCCGUCGAGCGUGGAGUAAGGGAUUGUUCGUCCGGUUGUACUCUAGUCCGAGC